CACUGAACCCCCUCCUGAGCUGCACUCUUGUGUGUGAGUGUCGCACUGACCUCCCAGGACAGGCCGGGAGAAAAGGAGCAAGAAAAAUAAAACGGCCGGCUCCCGAUCCGGGCGAUCCAGCUCCGGGUGUUCCGGGUAACAUUUAAAACCUCUCCUUUCGCAAAGGGGGGAAAAAACCGAGAGAGAGAGAGAAAAAAAACCAAGAGGCACCAAAAGGCAACUGAUGCUCGCCAAGGCGGAGAGAGGGUGGGCUGCUCUCGGAGAAGGGUCGCUGCUGCUGCCGCUGCCUGGGGACGGGCCGGGGGCACAAUGCUCAGAAACUCACCGGCGUGAGAGGGGCUGCGGGCCGGGGGACGCUGCGGGAACACAGCCGGCAAACUUUGCGCCACCGCUCCGGCUCAGCCCCAGCGCAACUCUGACGCUGCGGGCGCGGCGCGGCCAGCAUGCCGUUCCCGAAGCGCAUCUGCGAGCCGCUCGGGCUCUGCCGGCCGCCCUCCGCGGGCAGCAGGCUCUUCGAGGAGCUGCCCGGCGUCUGUAACCACACGCUGGGCCGGAGCCUCCGGCAGCUCUCGGAGCUGGCCAGGCACGCCUCGGGGCUCUUCCAGGAGAUCGAGGAUGAGGUGCUCGGCGUCCACCGCCGCCUCUGCACCAUCCAGAGGAAGAUCAGCGAGCUCGGCGCUGCCGUGAAAACCCUGGAGCCCAGGCAGCAAACAGUGCGUAAGUGCAGCAUUCUGUUGCAAAUUCACCCCCCACCACCUCCUGCUCAGGGAGAACGGAGUGCAGUGCAUGUGUGUGAGAGAGACAGCAAGAUAGACAGACCCCGGUGGGUCAAUAGUGUACCCCAGUCUGCAGUGUCUUGGAAGGUGUGACCUGAAGGUCUUGUCACCCCUUAUCAUUAAAGAUUAGGCUCCCGUUUGCCUU